AGCCGAAUAGUUCUUACAAUUUUAUCAACUUCCGGUAUCGGUUUGUUGACGUUUUAUGUUUUGCAGAUUUAAAACAUCAUCCAACUUCAUCGAAGUCGAUUCGAAACAUUAGCAGAUUCUAACAAAAAAUUAUAUAAUUAAAGAAAGAUGGCGGUUCCAGCUAAGAUUGUUCUGAAGAGUACCACUAAGAUGUCUUUGAAUGAUAGAUUUUCCACGAUUCAAGCCACAGUGAGGCAACCAGCUCAGCAAGCCAGCGUGUCAAACAUCCGGGCAAAGAUGGCAGCCCAGCACCAGGCAACGGCAGCCAACAAGAGACUGGCCAUGCAGAUGGCAAACAGGCCAAGUGUACAGGCAGCAUUGAAAAUCAAAAAGAAGUCAUUGAAGCAAAGACUAGGUUUUGGAAACACCAGUGUCAAGUCUCGUUUGACCCUAGGUGGUCGUGGUGGUGGAGCAAUUGUCAGAGGUGGAAGAGGUCAAGGCAGGUUGAUGAGAGGUAGAGGUCAAAUGAGAGGCAGAGGUCGUGGAGGAAGAGGAGGAAGUGGAAGUACCCCAGGAUCUCCAACAGGCAAUCAGAUGGUACGUGGAGGAAAUAGAGGUCAACGUGGUGGGUUUGUCCAGAGAGGUAGAGGUCAACGAGGUGGAUUUGUCCAGAGAGGUGGAGGUCAGCAGGGUGGGUUUGUACAGAGAGGUGGUGGUGGAGGUGGCAGAGGAGAAAACAGAGGAAGAAGAGGAGGGAUGCAGAGAGGGAGAGGAUUUCAAGGUGGUAACAGAGGAGGAAGAGGACAAACACAGGGUUUCCGUGGUAACAGAGGAUCUGGAGGGUUCAGAGGUCAGGAACGUGGUCGAGGAGGUUUCCAGCGAGGAAACUUUAGAGGCAAUCGACAGGCCAGAGGUGCUGGCAACAACAGAGGUCGAGGUGGGUUCAGAGGUGGUAGAGGAGGUCAGAGAGGUCGUGGAGGUCAAAGUCCAAUAUCAAAAGAGGAACUAGACAACCAGUUGGAAGCGUACAUGAGCAAGACAAAAAGCAGCUUGGAUGCGGAUCUGGAUUCGUACAUGCAACAAAAUUGAUGACGGAAGAAACUAUAAAAAGAAGGUUGCGUUGACGAAUGGCGAAGACAUGGAAGAAUUAGACUUGAUUGAAAAUUAGCGUCGUUUGACUUAAACUACACCACGUUUCAGUGCUAUUUUGUAAUUGGGCUUUGAUUACUGAAAUUCAUUGAAGAAUCUGAUUGGCAGUAAGACAUAUUAGUAAUUAUUGAUUAAUUACCCAGGGUAUUUAAAAGUCGACCUAGAGAAUUUCAAGGAGUAGAUAUUAGAAAUGAUAUGGAAAAACAUUGGGACAUGGGUUAAAACUCUUAAUUUUAACUGGUUUGCUUAAGGUGAUAGAGAUUAGAUAUAUAUUAUUCUUUGUAUACCUGCAUUAGUCUGUUUAAUAGAGACAUUUUGAAUGAAUAUUUUGCCAUAAAGAGUCUAUUAUUUGAAUUUUGAGUUAUAAAAUAAUUUAUGUAUUCUUGUGAACCUUAGUCAAUGUUAGUUUAACGUAGUCAAAAGGAAAAGGAAUGGGUGGAGAGAAUAGAAUUUAUAUUAUAUUGUGGGAUAUCAGUUUUUGUGGAAACAGGUGAACCAUGAUUUUAAAUGUUUAAAAAAUAACAAAUUAUAUAUAAGCUUUCAUGCAGACUUUUUGCAAAACAUCGAAAUCCAAUAUCAAUAAAAAGGCUAGUUUUCCUGAAAAGAUGAAAUUUGAUACCCAUGAAAACAUGUUUCCACAAAUUAAGUAGCAAACCACAAUUUGCAAAGUAUUUUUAGAAACUUCUUUUUUUUCAAUGUAUGUAGCCUGUUUCUAUUGAGAAAUGUUAUAUAAUGUUGUUGUGUUAAAUUUGUAUUUUCUUAUAAACAUUUAACAAAUAGUAAAUUUAUAUGAUAAAUGGCAGGCCUCUUUUUGUUGAAGUAGAAAUUAUAAUGAAAAAUCUUAUUAUUUUUGACUUAAAUUUUAUAUUCAUAUUUUUUUCGUUAGACAUUAUACAUUUCAUGCAAAAGUAUUCAGCAAUUCUAUCAUUCAUGCAUGUGCAUUCUUUAAACUGAUUAUUUUUAUUUGAAAAUUUUAAUGUUCUAGUCAUAAUGUAUAAAUAUAUGAACGCUAGAGAAAUAUGUUUAGAAUGGCCUUCUAAAACUAUUGCUUGCAUUUGAUUUCCUAUGAAAUACUCAUGUUAUAUAGAUAUAUUUAAUUAAUAUUUUCAUGUCUGUUAUUUUUCAUGGGUUGAAUCUAGAAUUUGUUUUGAACAUUGCAUGUAGUCUCCAUUCAACUUGCCUAAAAGGAACAAAAGAAAGGCCAUCAACAGGGGCGGAUCCAGCCAUUUUAAAAAGGGGUGGUGGUUCCAACCAUAUGUCCCCAUUCAAAUGCAUUGAUCGUCCAAAAGAGGUGGGGGGUUCCAACCCUCUGGAUCUGCCACUGAUCAACAUUGUUCAUUCUCUUUAACAAAUUGUCGAUGAAGGUUUGAUCUUUUCAAGUAAAUGUUCUGCUAUUCAUGAUAAUGAAGAGCAUUUUUGUUAAAAGUGUAGGAAAUCAUUUAAAUCAUGUAAUCAUUGUUAAAUUUUUGUUUUCAUCUUUUUAUGUUUGUUUUUUUGUUUUUUUAAAAGAAAAUAACCAUUUUUGUGUGUCUUUUGUUGCUCUGUGAUUUUUGGAGACAAUGUUUAACUUUAUGUUCGAAAAGGAGCAAAUGGGAAGUGUUUCAGUUAUUAAAUAAUUGAAAUGUUUGCAAAUCUAUAAAAAUGACGUACUUAUUAAAAGUAAUAAAAUGCUUUAACAUGAUUAUUGUUUAAAAAUAUUUCUGUAGAUAUGUAUCAAUGUAUAUCUUUUUUUUAGUUUUUAUGUAGAGAAUUUUAAAACAUAUCAAUUUUAUGAACAAAAGUAAAAAAUUCAGAAGUG